AAUUGAUGCCCUUACUUCUCAAAUGAAUAUGCUUGCUAACCAAUUAAGUGCAGCCAAUGCUCAAGCCUCUACAUUACCAUCCAACACCGUUGCUAAUCCUAAAGCUAAUCUUAAUGCUAUCACAUUGAGGAGUGGCAAGGAGUUGGGAGAAAGAGUGCAAGAAGACAAAAGACAAGGGAAGGCCGAGAAGCCCUCUUUAAAUUCUUCAAUUGAUGUUAAUGUUUCUAGUUCUUCUUUUGCUCCUAAUGAUGCAUCUUUUUGUAGAGAUGAUGAGGAUGAAAACAUUGAGGAGAUCAUAUGUGAGCAACCACCAUCUAAGGUGAAAAAGGGGACUAUGGCCGAGUUGUUUAGUAAGGAAAAAGAGGGAGAGGCCGAGCAAAGUGAAACAAGAAAGGAGAGUUCAAGGAAGGAAGAAGGAAAGCAAAGUCAAGAGAUUAUGAAGAAGCUUCCUUUUCCACAAGCACAAGUGGUCCCUAAGCAAGUAAAGGGACAAUUUGAUCAAGAGGUGGCAUGUGACUUGUGCAUCAAUUGGGCAAUUGAGGUCAACACUCCUUGAGGUCAAUGGCUGAUGGUUUGCACGUGAAUUAUGAUUAUUUUGAGGGAUUAAAUCAGCUAAAAUGAUGUGGAUGACACAUGGAAAAUUAGGCACACAUUGGAAUCAUCUACAAACCAAUAGGAAGUUGCCACCU